CCGACGACCCAACGGGCAGAAGAAAGGAACAGUUUGCCCCACCGGCGUUUUAUUUAGCAGCAGAAGGUCGUCGGUAUCUGGGCGAUAUUUGACAUUACUCGGAACCAAAACCAGCCGAAAUAAUUUAACUUUGUUGUGAGUUUGGGGCUCGAACCGCGGAGGGAUGUGAGUGUAGCUGAAAAGACAGCGAGACGCGGCUGUACGUCGCGUUUGUUCGGGCUCGUUAUGAAACCGUGUUAGCUAACGUUCGCUAACGUUAGCAGCUGACUAACGUAACUAACGUUGGUUACGUUGACAGCUCUGAAAGCGGCCGGAGACGCUGCUCAAGUGAAGGUAGUCAACGAGUUUUUUCUCUCACAAGGUGGAAUUAAUUGUGAUUUUAUAAACCCGAAACUGAAGCAGGGUGGGUUUUUGACUGGAACCUUGAAAUCCCACCGCCCACCGUUCUUGGAGCAGACCCCGGGAUCAGCCUCUCAGACCCAGGAUCCCUCUUUUCCUUGAACUGAGUGGCUGGUUUGAUGGCAGCCACGGCCAGUGCCCGGCGAUUACCCAUGGGUGUGCGGACAUUCAGUGACUUUCUGCAGAUUGCCACUGUGGGCUCCCCUCGCUCGUGUCGCGCAGCGGUGCCAAGAGGAUGCCUGCGACAAAACAUCAGACACUUGUCAUCAUGUGGCAUUUUGAUGACAAGAACUCCCAGAGUGCUUUGCCUUCAAGAGUGGGACACAAUGACAUCUGUUCCCCAAAGUAGAAACUUCAUCAGCCUCACCAACAAAAGGAAGGAAUACUCCGAGCGUAGGAUACUUGGGUAUUCUAUGCAGGAAAUGUAUGAUGUGGUGGCCAAUGUUGACGAUUACAAGCACUUUGUACCCUGGUGUAAGAAGUCCCAGACCAUCAUGAAAAGAGCAGGCCACUCCAAAGCUCAGCUUGAAGUGGGAUUCCCUCCAGUGGUGGAGAGAUACACAUCUAUGAUCACGAGUGUCCGGCCUCAUCUAGUCAAAGCAGUGUGUACAGAUGGAAAGCUGUUCAAUCACCUGGAGACAAUAUGGCGCUUUAGUCCUGGCAUUCCUGGUUACCCUCGCACCUGCACGGUAGACUUUUCUAUAUCCUUUGAGUUCCGCUCUUUGCUGCACUCCCAGUUAGCCACCAUGUUCUUCGACGAGGUUGUAAAGCAAAACGUCGCCGCGUUCGAGCGGCGAGCUUGUAAGUUGUACGGCCCAGAGACUCGUAUCCCGCGGGAGCUGAUGUUCCACGAGGUGCAUCAGACGUGAUCUCAGCAGCUGUACAUCCUCAUCUGGCCUUAAACCAUACCAACCUUUAUUCCUUUUACCCAUACAAACCUGCAUGAUGCUGCAUAAUUACCCCCUCCCCAAUGCCCCGCACCUCAAGUCUCCAUCGAAACAUAGACAUCAUAGCGACUCCUGAAGAUGUUAGACGUCCAACUCAAGCAUUGUGUUGGAAUAUUAAUAAUUCUUCUUUUUCCAGCCCCAACAAAUUCCUGCUUAUCUCCCUCCUCCUCUUGUUGUAGUCUGUCCACUUCCUUGUCUACCUCCACUGAGGGGAUACUUGUUUAGCACAAGGACCCCACCAUUGCUCUUGCUCCAUGGCAGUUACAAGCUGUAUUUCUGAAAACAAAACAGUAAAUCAUUGCAACAUCAUGUUACCAGUGGUAGAGAGUCGACUAUUAUUUUAAAUGAACAGCACAGUGACACUGAACAAAAACACCCUUUUUAUUUUUUCUAUAAAAGGCACAGAGGCCCUUUGAUCCAGACUUCUGCUCGAGUCUUACAGUUCACUGUGACCUCAAAGUUACUUGUUGCGCUGACACUUUAUCACGUCAAAGUGUGUCCAAGUUUUAGUUUUAUCUCAGCACUUUGAUCAGCUGAUUAUACUGUAUUAAGAAAACUUUGCCUUCACUUUCAUUGCUUACUUUUAUUUCAGAUGGACAUUUUAAUAUAUUGUUUGACAUUUAGUGGUGCAAAACAAUACUUCUUUUCAUCCUUUUUAAUUUAUUCAUCAGUGGUUAUAUGCAAAAGUUGUAUUGUUUUAUCGGGGAUCGAAUUAAAUGUGCCAUUGAGAGCGUCGUUGCUGUAUGUUGUGACGAUGCCGCUGAAGUGCAACAUUUAGCGAAGGGAAAAAGGUCAUUUCUUCAUCAGUUAGCUGUGGCCUCAGUUAACCUCAAGGUUUGGGACAUUUAGCUUUAACUUGGCUGUUGUUGUUGUUGUGCAGUGAGAAAUGUGUUUUUGGACAUUGAGACUUGGCCUGCUGGUUUUUAAUAAUGCCUUAUUUUACAGCCCAGCACUAGUACUAACUAUUAGGCAAUUAACGGGGGGGGGGGUAACUUUGCACAAACAAGAGCACCUGAAUGAAUCCAUGGACAGGCUGGAGAGUACUGUGAAAUACUGUAACUGGGAUUACAACACAGAUGUCACAGAUCAUAUAGGUUAACUACAACUUUAUAUUUGAUAAAUAUAUAGUUUGGUUUUGCAGAUUCUUUAAGAAAGUAAAGAUUAGACAUUAAGAAUAAUGGGAUAAUCACAGUAAAUGCCAUUUUAAAUCAUGGCAGGUUUAUUGAUAGUGAUCUGAUUAGGCCAUAGUUUGAAUAAUCCAUCCAUUGAUCACUGCAGUAAAACAAACAGUUUGUAAAAGAUGUUGUAUAAGUUCAUUUCUCUGCUUUCUGUGUGUUUUGUGGUCCAUCUUCUGAAGGUCAUCAGGAGGAUGUUACUCCUGUCAUAUACAUUGUUAGUGUAAAAUACACUGGUGGGCUGUAGAAUAAAACAUUAUCUUUUAUCAUUGUCUGUGGGUUACAUGCUUAUUCUUUGGGAAGGUUUAGCUUUUAUUUAUAUUCAUUUUGAUGCAUGGAUGUAACUAACAAAGAGGCAAAUAUAGACAUAGUGUUUACAUGUUGCAUUGUUUGGGCAUGACUACAUUUUGUUGGGAUUUCAUAUCGAACCAGCCCAUCACUUUAUUCCACAAUAAAGGGCUCAUAAAGUUAAUUGAUUGCCAUAUUUUAGAGGUGACUGAUGCGUUCAGGUUGCUGAAAGGUCAGUGGAAGAAGUCAGUCAUUGUGUGACCUUCCUGGUAACAGGCGGUUCAUUUUGUCCACAUGCUCCAAGUCUCAAAUUUCCAACAGAAAACUGAACUGUGGUUCUUUUUUUUUUUUUUUCCAAAGCUGGAUUUUUGACUUCAAAGUUGAUGUGUUUUUAUUUUCUCUGUUAAAACGUUGAUUUGGAAAUGAAGGGAUAUUUACUCAUCAAUGCAUGAAGAAUGUUAAAUCCAAGUUGGCCUGUGAAUCAAAAAAAAAUUGAACUUAUUAAAAGAAUUUUAAAUGCCA